GCUGACUCUGUCAAGAAUUAGGUAUUGUGCGCCCGGGACAGGAUUAGUCUUAAGAAGCUUCCCUCGUCUGCUUUACUGGACUGGACGUGUCUUGAGCACGAAUGUCGCUCGCCAUUCGGGCUUCUUUGCCAGACUAUGGACACAGUUUACUGCCUGCUGGUUAGUGUUUUGUUUCACGUUCACGGGUUCGAGAGCUUCUCUCCGUGUCUGCGAGGGUGCAGCUGCAUCGAGGACCGUCAUGGAAGGUCGCUUAUAUGCAUGGAGGAGAACACCUUUGGGGCCAUACCGGAAAACAUUCCACAUGAUAUGACCAAGAUCCGAAUAGAAAAAUCCAAAUUCUUUGAAAUUGGACGUGGCGCUUUCUCAAGGACGUCCGCCUUGGAAAACCUGUGGUUGAACUUCAACGACAUCACCUUGAUCAACUCCAAGGCUCUGGAAGGUGUGAGGAACCUGACCGAGCUGCGCCUGCAAGGGAACAAGCUGCGCUCUGUGCCAUGGACGGCGUUCGAGGACACCCCGUGGCUGAAGAUCCUGGACCUGAAACACAACGAGUUGGACGUGCUGCCGGAGCACGCGUUAAAAUAUUUGCCCGAUCUGACUUACUUAGACUUAUCCUUCAAUCGGCUUACGGUCAUAUCCAAGGAGGUCUUCCAAAACUGGCCACUGUACCAAAAACUGCAGAGCGCGGAGGACAAGGAGGUGAGCGCUUCCGGGCCCAACGUGGUCUUGGCGCUCCACGACAACGCCUGGCUGUGCGACUGCCGUCUCAAGGGCUUUGUGGAGUUCAUCAGGUCUCUAAGCCCCCCGAUUAUUCUGAUGAACUCCUACUUGACCUGCUCCGGGCCGGACUAUAGGGCGAGCAAGUUCUUCCACGAGGUCGAGCUGCAGGCCUGCAUGAAACCCGUGGUCACCACACUGUCGUCCAACGUAAGCCUGCCACUGGGCGCCAACGUCACGCUGCGCUGCCUCGCCAAGGGCCGGCCGGACCCUGCGGUGUGGUGGACAUAUGGUCUGAAGAUAAUCAGAGGAUUUCAUGAGUCUAAGGAGCGCGUGGACGAAGACACCAUCAGAUCCCUCCUGGUCAUCCCCUCGCUCCACGGUGCCGACCGCGGCGUCUACACCUGCAGCGCCGUCAACUUCAUCGGAAACUCCUCGGCCAACAUCCAGGUGGAGGUGGUCUCGCCCGACGGCUCCCGGUCUUCCUCCCUGCCGGGUCUGCCGGCGGCGGCCCGGGACGAGAACGUCUACAUCGACAUCCGUAUCGCCAGGCAGACCGUGCGUGGCAUAUCCAUCGAGUGGUUCGCCGCCUUGGACCGCCCGGGUCAGACCUGGUUCACCAUCCAUUUCGGACGAGCCAACGCAGACAAGAAGGAGACCAUCUACAUCGGUCCCGGUAUCCGCUCCUACUCCGUCUCGGACCUGAUGCCCGCCACUAAGUACGAAAUCUGCGUCACGCUGAAGAACCAAGCGCCACGGGCGGGCCAGUGCGUGGUCUUCGUGACGGGAAGCGACAUCACGGAGAUGGAACAGAGGGAGAAGCUGAUUCACAUCGUGGUGAUCGUCCUGGCCAUGGUCCUGGCCGUGCCCAUCGGGAUGUACGCCUGCACCACCGACACCAGGUUCACCUGCCUGGAGGGCAUCAGGGAGUUCUGGAAGAACCGGCGCAGCGGGAGGGGCUCGGCCGGCUUGGAGCGGAACCGGCAAGGCACCUUCGACAGCCUGCAGGCGGCCAGCGACGAGGGUCUGGUCCGUAAAGAGUCCAGUGAAGACAGGAAGGGCGGCAGGUUUGUUGCAAAGGUGUGAUUGCUCACCUUUUUUGUCAAAGGAUUACACCAAAUUCUCCUACUUGCAUGUGUUUUGUUGUUGCUGUACACAACUUUGUGUUAGCACCUUAAUGUUGUUGUGUAUGCCAAUAGACAAGUGCAGUUUUUUUGUUGUUGUUGUUUUUUUUUUAUAAAACUACAGUCGUGAAUUAAAGACGGAAAAUUAUUUAAUCAGAUAAGCAAAUCAUUUUGGACUUUUUUAUUAGAUUAAGUAUAUUUUAUUUCAUUUUACACACCUAUUUUCUAGAACUUUAAACCAUUGGGCAACAGGCAAAUAUUUUGCAUUGUGUUUGUUGAAAUUUUAAUUAAUUAAUGUGAUUUAAUCUAUGCCAUUAAAUAGGUGCAUGUUUUGUUGUUAUCUU